AUGCGGACCUCCGUUCAGGCUCAGUGGUACGGCGACAACAGAGACAACAACAACAUACCUUUGGCUUUACACUCGCAAGUCAUACCCGUACACAUCGAAGCCGACAGCAGCUUUGUCCAUCCCCUCGCCAUACUCUCGCUCAUAGUUCUUGUCAUCUUUGCCUUGCAAAAACCUAUAAGAGCCCGACUGCCCCCGUGGCUCCGUCCGUUCGCCAGGGAACAGGAAGAUGUCCAGAGGCCCAAACGGCCGAGACACACCUCGCUCUCCCUCUUUGCCCUGUUCUUCGGCUGUCUGGGAGGACUGGCUAUGUCGUUGGCUGUCGCCGUCCUCUCAAAUGGCCACAGAAUAGCAAACCUUGAGGUUGUCCCCUGGGUGGCCACCUUGGUCAUGGUCAUCGUCGAUCGACCCGUCAAGACCCCCCGCAUUCUCCUUCUGCAAUUCAUCAUCAUGCUCUCCGCGGGGCUGGCACGAUACUCCACGCACUUUCUCAACCACACCCUGCGCACUAUAGACCCCUUCCACAUGUGCCAGCUGGGCGUGUGCGUCGUUGCUAUCGGCAUAAUGGUCAACAUGCCCAUCCGGGACCCUUCAUGGGACUCUAGUGAGAUUGGCUCGGCUAAGAGCCCGCCAUCCCACCAUCUGCGCAGUCCCGAGGACAACCUCACGCUCCUGCAGUUCUGGACAAUGGCGUGGGUGUACCCGCUAGCGAAGCUCGCCCAGACCAGGGAGAUCAAUGUCGAGGACGUCUGGCAGCUGCCUUACGAGUACCAGCACAGCCGCCUAUACCUGGCCUUUCGGGAGGUCCAGGGCAGACUCCUCCACCGACUCGUUGAGGCCAAUGGUCUGGACGUUUUCGUCUCCACGAUACUCGCCGUCAUAGAGAAGGUCGCCGAAGUCUCUAAUAUCCGGCUCACCAGCAAGCUGUACAGUGCCCUGGAUGGCGGCGACCCCAGCGAGGCCAUGUUCUGGUGCCUCGUCAUGUUCUGCCUUGAUGCUCUCCGACAAGUCGCCAAAACCACGUCGGGCUGGUACUCCCGCAAAGCCUACGAGAGGUCCAGAGGAGAAACGUUCAUCGGCCUGUUCGAGAAGCUCCUCACCCGCGCCGUCCCCGGAUCAGACCGGACGGAGAAGUCGCCCGAGGAAACACAAGCCACUGUCUCAACAUACCCGGCCGCGGGGAGAUUGAGUAAAUUUUCCGGCUGGCUGUGCGGAAGAGGGGGCUACACAAAGAUCUCGUCAAAGCCCAGUCGUCAACCCGCAUCGAAUGCCAAGGUUGUCAACCUUGUCCGAGGCGACACGUAUCAAAUCUCCCAGAGGUUCUGGGAGUUUCCCAGACUGAUUUCGCAACCCAUAAAGGUCAUCUUCACCCUUUACUACCUUAUCGACAUCAUGGGGUGGCCAUCGUGCGUCGGCUUUUGUCUCAUAAUCAUCUUCCUGACCAUAAACUCCAUUCUGGUCAAGAAUCUCAUUCAGAUGGAGCGUGCACGCACCAUCCACUCGGACAAGCGAGCCCAGGCCGUCUCCCAUUUCGUCGAGGCGAGCAAGCCCCUCAAGCUCAACGGGUGGACGUCCUCGUGGGCCCGGCGCAUCAUGAAGCUCCGAGACCUAGAAAUGGACAAACGCCUGCGAAUGUCCUACGUCACGGCAGCCAUCGGGACCAUCAAUGUUCUCGGCGGCGCUACAUACCCACUCGCAAGCAUCUGCCUGUAUACUCUGAUCCUGGGCCGCGGACUCCCCAACGCCGUCAUCUGGCCGUCUAUCCAGCUGUUCGCCCAGCUCGAGUCCAGCGUCAGAGAGGCGUUCGAGCUCAUUUCGGGUUACUGGAAGUCCACCAUACCUGUGGAGCGUGUGCACAAGUAUAUGGCUGAGCCGGACCGUGACAACGACUCGUCCUGGGAUGAAGGUACCAGGGACAUCUCCUUCAGCGGCGCAUCCUUCUCCUGGCCUUCCACCGACAAGCUGGUCCUGGAGAAGCUAUACCUGUCCUUCCCCACCGGCCUCACAAUCAUACGCGGCAAGGUGGGCUCUGGGAAAUCCAGUCUCCUCUUGGCAGCCCUCAAUGAGAUGGAGCUCCACGAUGGCAGCCUCACUAGACCCGAUGAACCUAUCGGCUACGCCCAGCAACUCCCGUGGCUGCAGAACAAGACGAUCCGGGAAAACAUCCUCUUUCACCAGCAAUACAACCCAAGCCGGUACCGGGAGGUUGUCGCUGCGUGCGCCCUCGGACCCGAUUUCUCCAUGCUCCCAGACGGUGAUCUGACUAAACUAGAGGAAGGCGGUGUCGGACUGUCGGGCGGGCAAAAGGCUCGUGUCGCUCUUGCCAGGGCUAUUUACAGCCCCUGUCGGAUCCUGCUUUUGGAUGACCCUCUUGCCGCCCUGGAUCACGACACGGCCAGCCUUAUCGUGAGGAGAUUCCUGCGGGGGCCACUGGCACAGGGAAGGACCAUCGUCAUGGUCACGCACAGGGACGACCUUGUCCUCAGGAUAGCUGACCAGGUUGUCGACUUGGAUGAGGGGCGUGCGCAUGUCCUCACGCAGGACCAGAUCCGCGAUGAAUUGGAGCACCCAUACCACAACAUGAUCGGGCAGACAGCGGCUGACGAGGCUGAUCAUGCCCAUCAUGUGGACGAGGUGGCUAUCCCUGAAGCCAGGGACGCACCCGAGGAGCCGUCUAAGACCGGCGGCGUCUCGCUCUCUAUCUACACCAAAUACAUUGCAGCGGGCGGUCUACACCUCUGGAUCACGCUGGCCCUCUUCUAUGCCCUCUCUCGGCUCUGCGAUAUCUUUCGAGCCCGUCUGCUCGAGGCCUGGGGCAGUGACACAGCUGAGCAGACCAUAGGCCUCAGCGGUUUCUUGGGCCUCCCCGAUCCGCAUCAAAGCCCGAAGUCAUGGUUGCUUGCACUGGCAGGUCUCUCCGGUGGGCAGAUUGCUUCGUACGCCAUUGCCCAAGUCCUACUCGCCCACAUAUGCAUCAAUGCGGCGCAGGGCCUGUUCCGUAAUGCUAUCGACCGCGUCAGUAGAGCCACCUUCCGAUACCAUGACUCGACACCCACGGGACAGCUCAAGAACCGCCUAAUCGCGGACAUGGGUAUGGUCGACGGCGGUAUCCUGUCGCCCUUGGAGUCGUUUGUCUUCAACCUCAUCACUCUCAUGCUGAGUCUUGUUGCCAUCAUGCUUCAUCAGCCUGGUCUGCUGAUCAUUUUGUGCUUUGCGGCCCUCCUGUUUGUCUACUUCUUCCGAAUGUACGUCCCCAUAUCGCGUUGCCUGCGCCGAAUGGAGAUGCGCUACCUCACGCCAAUCAUUUCCAACAUUGGCGUGAUGCAGGACGGCCUGGUCACCAUCCGGGCUCUCCAGGUGGAAGAGCACUUCAAGGACCGCCACUUGGAUGCCGUGGAUGACUUCCAGAAGCAGGACCAUUUCUUCUGGGGAAUGGCCUUCUGGCUCGAUUUUCGCCUGAGCCUAUCGUCGGCCUGCAUGCGCUCCGCCCUCAUCAUCUUUAUGGUGUGGUACGGUAGCCCGGCAAGCGCCGUUGGUUUCGUCCUUACACAGACCACCAUCGCCAUGGGGUCUGUCCAGCAGCUGUGUGAGAAGUUUGCCCAGCUCCAGCUGGACGCCGUGUCUCUCGAGCGUGUGGACAUGCUCAGCCGAAUCCCCGAGGAGCCUACAGGAGAGCUGGACCCUCCAGAGGGCUGGCCCCGGCCGGACGAUAAUAUCAAGUUUGACGGAGUGUCCUUCAAUUACGACGAGGGCAUGCCCAUCGUUCUCAACGACUUGACCUUUGAGAUCCCUGGCGGCUCGACGUGCGCCGUCCUGGGACGCACGGGGUCUGGAAAGUCCACCAUCGCCAACGCCCUGCUCGCCACACGGCUUCCCUGCGAGGGCACCGUUAAGAUUGGGGAUGUAGACCUGUCACAGGUCUACCGUGAAACCCUACGCAACCGGGUAACGUAUGUCCAGCAGGACCCCGUCCUGUUCCCCGGUACCUUGCGCGACAACAUCGACCCCGACGGACGGUUCUCGGACCAAGAAUGUGAGAGGGCGAUUCGCAGCGUCCUCGGGCCUCAAUGGAACCUGGACUCACAGAUCGACGCGGCUGGGAAGAAUCUCAGCCAGGGACAGCGCCAACUCGUCAGCAUCGGCAGGGCUGUUCUCCGAAGAAGUGGUCUGGUUAUUCUGGACGAGGCCACGGCGUCGAUCGAUCGCGCCACAGCAGCCAAAGUCCAGGGCAUUCUUAGGGAGAACUUGUCUCAAAGCACAGUGAUCACUAUCGCGCACCGCCUUGAGGCCGUCGAAGAUGCUAAUUGGUGUCUACGCCUGAGCAAGGGCAAAGUACUGGAGUGCGGACCUGCGGGUAACAAUCGCUCAUAG